AGAGAGAGAGAGAGAGAGAGAGAGAGAGAGAGAGAGAGAGAGAGAGAGAGAGAGAGAGAUUGCGAAGAUGGAGGAGGAGGAGAAGGGAGGGUCGUUCCACUUCGUGAACACGUUUUGCAGACCCCUGUUCAACGGGACAUGGGCGUCGCUGAAGAACGAGCUGGGGCCUUUCACCCCAUGCUUCACGGAGAUCGUGGUCCUGGGAACUGCAUGCCUGGUUAUGGUGGUCCUGAGUGCUCUCAGGAUUCGCCUGAUCUGUUCCAGUGGUCACGGGAUCGAUCCGCGCCGCAAGAAGAUGAAGCUGCGACAUCCUUUUCUUCACCUCCUGGCGCUUGUCUGCUCCAUUCACUGUGCCAUUGUGCCGCUCCUGCAGCUCAGCGCUCGUAUCUCUCUUCAGGACUUCGGCGGCGACAUGCCUCUCGCUCCCUUUGAGAUUUACUCCAUCGUCUCCACUUCCAUUGCCUGGCUUACGGUCACUGUGACUUACGCCCUUGAGCUGGCUCAUUGCUAUGUGCCCAAGGGCCACUGGUACCUUCGCUUUGCCCUAUUGUUCAUGUUAGCGGGCCAGCUGUCGAAGCUCCGCUUCGUCCUCUUGCUUCUCGAACGAUAUGAUGGGUACUUCUUCUACCUCUUUGUGAGCUUUAUUGCUGCUCAAGCCAUUCAAGGCGGUCUUGCCAUCUUUUACUAUCCCGAUCUGGUCCCUCAGCCUGGCUACGACGACGUUGCAGCAGAUUCCUCCUCCGUCAGCAUCACUGGUGCCGGCGACGACUAUGUGUUGCUUUCCAGUGGAGAAGGAGGAGGAGGAGGAGGAGGAGGAGGAGAGAACAUCUGCCCAGAGAGGAGGUCUAAUAUUGUAUCUAGGCUGCUGUUCAUGUGGAUGACCCCCUUGAUGAGCAGUGGGUACAAGCGACCAAUCAAGAACGACGAUGUGUGGCAGCUGGAUGAAUGGGAUCGAUCGGAAGUGAAUGCUCGCAUGUUUGAGCAGCGAUGGCGGGAGGAGAGGGAGAAGGCGGCAGGGAAUCCCAGCCUCCUUCGGACGUUCGUCCGCUGCUUUGGCUUCCGCUUCAUGCUCGGUGGGUUUUGCAAGUUAUUCAACGACGCAUCGCAGUUCACGGGGCCGGUUUUCCUUAAUUUGCUUCUUAAGUCGAUGCAGAACAAUGAGCCCGCGUGGAAGGGAUACCUCUACUCGUGUGCAAUCUUCGUUGCCAUGAUGAUUGGGGUCAUUGGAGAGGGGCAAUACUUUCAGACCGUGAUGCGAGUGGCAUUUCACCUUCGUGCGGUCCUGAUUGCGGCUAUUUUUGGCAAAUCCAUGGCUCUGAGCCACACUGCGCGCGAAAAGGUUAGCACUGGGUUCAUCACGAAUCUGAUCAGCAGCGACGUGGAAUCUCUGCAGCAAGUCUGUCAGAACCUGCAUCUCCUCUGGUCAGCCCCUCUUCGGAUCCUGGUCGCAAUCGUGCUUCUAUACAGAGAACUGGGAUACGCCUCUCUGGUCGGUCUGCUUCUGCUGGUGCUUACUAUCCCUUCGCAGGCGCUGAUCGUUCGCAAGGUGCAGCUGCUCACAAAGGGGGUCCUGCAGCGGACUGACAAGCGGAUAGGCCUGACGACGGAGGUGUUGAAGUCAAUGGACAUUGUCAAGUGUUAUGCUUGGGAAGAGAGCUUCAGCGCGAAGAUCCAAGCCAUUCGUGAAGACGAGCUGUCAUGGCUAAGAAGCUCUGUGUACCUGAUGGCGCUCAACUUCCUCAUUCUGAACGUAGUCCCCGUGCUUGUGUCGGUGGUGACCUUUGGAGUCUAUGCGCUGAACCACACUCUGACCCCUGCCAGUGCCUUCACAUCGAUUGCGCUGUUCGGAGUGCUGCGCUACCCGCUGAUCACUUUCCCUCAGCUCAUCAAUCAGGUGAUCCUGGCAAAGGUGUCGCUCGCCCGAGUGCAGGAGAUGUUGGUGGGGCAGGAGGGGCAGCUGGACCCCCCCCUCCCCUCGGACCCCUCCAAGCCUGCGGUGACCAUUAAGAAUGGCAAUUUCGCUUGGGAUGUCAAGGCAUUGCAUUGCACUCUCAAGGACAUCAACCUUGAGAUUCCUGCAGGUCAGCUUGUAGCUAUUGUGGGGAGCACAGGGCAGGGGAAAUCCUCCCUCGUCUCUGCGAUGCUGGGCGAAAUCCCAAGCGUUCCUCAAGGCGUGGACUUAGUCAAAAUCCACGGUUCUGUUGCCUACGUGAGCCAGAUCUCGUGGAUCUUCAAUGCCACAGUGAGAGAGAAUGUCUUGUUUGGCCUCCCCUUUCAUCCUCAGCGAUACGCAGAAGCCAUCAGGGUGAGCGCUCUGGAGGAAGAUCUGGAACAGUUGCCUGGGGGAGACCUCACCGAGAUAGGCGAAAGAGGAGUAAAUGUGAGUGGAGGCCAGAAGCAGAGGAUUUCCAUUGCGCGAGCCGUCUUCGCCAAUGCCGACGUGUACAUCUUCGAUGACCCUCUCAGUGCUUUGGACUCGCACGUGGCACGACAGGUCUUCGAUCUGUGUAUCAAGGGCACGUUGGCCGAUAAGACACGGGUUCUGGUGACCAAUCAAUUGCACUUUUUGCCCCAUGUGGAUAGCAUUGUGGUGGUUUAUGAAGGGAGAAUAGUGGAAGCAGGGACAUAUGAGAGACUGAGGAGUAGUGGAGGGGCACACUGGGCAAAGUUGAUGGAAAAGGCAGGGAGCCUUGACAGUGAGGAGGAGGACGGACCACAGAAAGACGAAGGAAGGACAGAAGGAGGUAGCCCAGCAACAGCAAAGGGGAAGGGGCAGAAAGAACAGAUUCAGUCGCUGCCAGAGACCACCAGCACUGCACCCAACAGUGGAGGGGGAGGGGGAGGGGGAGGAGGGAGAAAAAGGGGUGGAACUGCUCUUGUACAGGAGGAAGAGCGGGAGAUGGGCAUAGUUCGUCGGGCGGUCGUAGGUCGGUACAUUUCUGCAAUGGGUGGGUUUUUUGUCAUUACCUUCCUGAUACUUAGUUAUGUUUUCAUAGAGAUAAGCAGAGUCGGAAGCAGUCUGUGGCUCACCAAAUGGUCUGGCGCAGGAGCACGAGCACUUCACAGCGCCUUUUAUUAUAUUGGCGUCUAUGCGGUCAUCUCGCUUUGCCAGGUUCUGUUUCAGUUCUCAAAGCAAUUCCAAGUGGUCAUCGGAAGCCUGCGUGCCACCAAACGGCUCCACGAGGGAAUGCUCGGAAGCGUCCUCUUCGUUCCCAUGUCCUUCUUCCAUACCAAUCCGCUGGGAAGGAUCAUGAACCGCUUCUCCAAAGACGUAGCGGACAUGGACAGAAGCAUAGCAACUGCUCUGAACCUCUCUCUCACAGGCAUUUUUCAGUUGUCGUCAACGUUCCUGUUGAUCGGAGUCCUGACACCGUACACGCUGAUCUGCUUCAUCCCUCUGCUUGCGGUGUUCUGCAUGGUGUACCUCUACUUCCAGAGCACCGCCCGGGAAGUGAAGAGGCUGGAUUCAAUCACCAGAUCGCCGGUAUAUGCCCAGUUCAGUGAGGCUCUGAAUGGGCUUGCAACGAUUCGAGCGUACAGGGCGCAUAGCCGGUUGUCGAGAGCCAGCGCGCAGGCCGUCGACACCAAUGUGCGCUUCACCCUCGUUAACAUGAGCGCAAACCGAUGGCUUUCCAUCCGGCUGGAGUUCCUUGGUGGGCUGAUGAUUCUUGUGACAGGCGUGUUUGCUGUCAUGGACAAUGCGCACGCCGAAGACAAAUCGGCAGCUGCUCCACAGAUCGGUCUGGUUCUCAGCUACGCGCUUUCGAUUACCUCCCUCAUGACGAUGACUCUGCGACUCGCAAGCAUGGCGGAGAACAGUUUGAAUGCUGUGGAGAGAGUCGGAACGUACAUCGACCUCAAGCCCGAGGCCGAAAGAGUGAUCCCAAAUCAUAGACCGUCGAGCGAUUGGCCGUUUCAGGGAGCGAUUUUGUUCGAUAAUGUCUGGAUGAGGUACAGAGAAGACCUGCCGCCCGUUUUGAAAGGGUUGACGAUUGCAGUGAAACCGACGGAGAAGAUUGGAGUGGUGGGACGAACGGGUGCUGGCAAGUCCAGCCUUUUCAACGCCUUGUUUCGCAUCGUGGAGCUCAGCUCUGGACGUAUUUUGAUCGACGGGUCCGACAUCUCGCAGUUCGGCGUCGCCGAUCUUCGCAAGGCCCUCAGCAUCAUUCCUCAGAGUCCCGUUCUGUUCUCAGGCACCAUCAGAUUCAACCUCGAUCCGUUCGACGAGCAUAAGGACAGAGACCUGUGGGAAGCCCUCGAGCGGGCUCAUCUGAAAGAGGUCAUCAGCCGGUCUGAAAAUGGGCUUGACACAGUGGUGAAGGAUUCCGGGGACAAUUUCAGUGUGGGGCAGAGGCAGUUGCUGAGCUUAGCGCGGGCUCUUCUCCGGCGGUCGAAGAUCCUGGUGCUGGACGAGGCGACGGCCUCGGUUGACGUCGGCACAGAUGCGCUCAUUCAGAAGACGAUCAGGGAAGAAUUCAAGAACUGCACGAUGCUGACAAUUGCGCAUAGGAUCAACACAAUAGUUGACAGCGACCGCAUCCUGGUGAUGGAUGACGGCAAGGCGCUGGAGUACGACACGCCGAUCAGACUGCUGAAGAAAGAGGACGGUGCUUUCGCCUCGCUGGUGAAGAGCACGGGUUCGGCGAACGCGCAGUACCUUUACGGAGUGGCGACCGGGGACGUUGACAUUCAGCAGCAAAUGACUGGCCAAGCAAAUGGAGUUGAGCAAAAAUGGGCUCACGAAGCAGCGGUCGCUCAGCGCUGGAUUCGCGCGACGAAGUGGGCUCUGGGAAUGACGCUCAGCGCAUCGCACAACGAUCUGCAGCAGAUGGCGUCCGGGGUGCAAGAUGAAUCGGAGAUCCCUUUGCUGAUGAGCGUGCAUGAGGCGGCCGGGACGCUGCGGCGAGUUCUGCGCGGGGAGCACAAUGAGGCGCUGCGCGAGGAACUGCAGAGAAGUGGAGUCUCGGAACAGAGAUGGUGGACAACCCUCUUCCGUCUAGUAGAGGGUCUUGCAGGAUUAGCUCGCGGUCUGAAGCUUCGCUAUGUGGAUCAUCUUGACAAUCCUGCCGGCAACGGAGGCCCGACGGAACAGAGAAAUUCAGAAUGGCAGUAUCUAACUCUUGCUGUUGAAACUCGUGACACAUGAUGACGAGACGAGGCAGCAGCUGAAAUGCAGAGAUGUCCAUCCCUGCAUUCCAUGCCGCUCGGCAUGUCGAUGAUACAGUGUGUGGAUAGAACAGCCGUGGAUGCUACGACCGAUAUCCUGUGCUGCUAAGUUGCGUGAGCGCCACUUGAAAAAGGACCCCCCUUUAGAACGAGGAGGAUGAGGAGGAUGAGGAGGAGGAGGAGGAGGAGGAGGAGGAGGAGGUUGGGGGUCAUUCAAACCUCUGCUGUUGGAUGGACCACCCCCCUGCAGGUGUUGUCUCAUACCCAUGAGCUACAAAUUAAUCUUAAAUGAGCCAUGGUUGGUUAUUUGGAGAGGGGGUCAGCUGUGGACAGUCAUAGGCUCAGAAGAUUAUCAUCAGUUUCGCUUUAUGUGCAAUUCAGGAGCGAUCCGUGCUGGAUGAGGGCUCAUUCAGGAGAGAUCUACGCUGACGAGGGCUCGUUCAGGAGAGAUCUACGCUGGAUGAGGGCAUACUCACAAGGACUUUUUUCCACUUCUCUGUGGACGCAAUUGCGGUCAGGUUCGUCCAGGCCGUUUUGGAAGAGCGGGCCACGUACAUCCAAGAAAGUCCCUAGUGUGAGUAUGCCCUGGGAGAAUCCUAUCCUUGGGGGAGAUGGUUCUUCUAUCGUUGCGUUGCGAAAACAAUCGGAAGUGUGCUGUGCGCACCAACAGCAUGUCCUUGGAGUGGACUCCAUCCAACUGAGCUAGGCAGUUCUUGUCCAUGUGCCUAGCGCAGUGACAGUCAUGUAGAUAGGUGAGGAGUUUCUAUAAAUAGCUUCAGGCAAUGAAACAAUGCCAGGCAUGUCGUGACUCGUGUAGGUUCCGUGGAUCCUUUCUGAUUUGGACAGGCGAGCGAGGUGUUUCAGUGUCUCCGAUACUGAAAUCAAUACAGCAGCACCAGCACCAGCACAAGCAUGCUGCCGAUGUAUAAUAAACAAAAUGAUUGAAAAAUGACUACUCUGCCAUAUCCUACUUCAGAAUGCUCUGGGCAUGAUCAAGAGGAGGAUAAUUCCAAUUAUGCCAUCAGUCAGAUUGUGAAUGAAAGAUGUCAUUUUGAUGUAAUAGACAGGUUACCGUAGGUGAAGGCGACAGAGCGGUCGGUUGCGACGGAAGAGCAAUCUGUCAAGUGUGAGGACUCUCGAGGAGCGUUGACUUGUAGAAAGAGGAGCAACAUAGAUUGAGUAGUGAGAGAUCAUUUGUGGGAUAGAGAUGAACCUCUUUCCUUGAGAUGAUCGAGAUGUUGCAAAUACACAUCACACGGAGAGUAAACACGCGAAGAGACU